AUGACAAGAGAUCACCUGCUUGCUGUUACUAUUGAUCUGUCAAUCUCUCUUUUUCUCUUGAAGUUUUCUCACCUUUUUCUGUCUCACAUAAACAGGCUUUCUCUCAUAUUUCUCUAUCAUACUUCCCUAAUUUUCAGUAAAUUCUUCCUUUCUUUGCUAAUUUCCAGUAAAUUCUUGCUUUCUUUAUUUUUAAGUAAUUUCUUUCUUUACUAUUUUUUCCAUAAUUUCAUUCUUUCUUCUCUAUUUUUCAGUAAAUUCUUCCUUUUCUUCUCUAUUUUACAAAAAUCAUUUUCUUUAUUUUUCAGGGCUUGGCUGUCAAUUAAGCAGAAAGUGUGUUCCCUCUCUUUUUCAUCUUGGUAUAACAGCAUUUUCGCUCCAGAUGGUCUGUUCUUUCUUUCUUUUUUUCUUUCUUUUCCCUCUCAUGCUUUGUUUAAGGGCUUGGUGACAGUUGAAACUGCUUUCUCUCUCUUUGAUAUAGCAGCGUUCCGCCUCCUUACUAUUUCCUAUUUCAUCUCCAUCAUUUGCCUCGUUUUUCCCACACUUUUCUUGUUCAUUUUCCUUUCCAUCCUUUCUUCCCGCUCAAUUCCUCUUUUCAUCUCCAUCAUUUGCCCCUUUUCAUUUCCCACACUUUGCUUGUUCAUUUUCCUUGGGCAUCCUUACUUUACCCACUACUUUCCUCUCUUUUCAUCUCCAUCAUUUGCCCUUUUCAUUUCCCACACUUUGCUUUGUUCAUUUUCCUUGGGCAUUUUCCUCUCUUUCAUCUCCAUCAUUUGCCCUUUUCAUUUCCCACUUUGCUUGUUCAUUUUCCUUGGGCAUCCUUACCUACCCGCUACUAUUCCUCUCUUUCAUCUCCAUCAUUUGCCCCUUUUCAUUUCCCACACUUUUGCUUGUUCAUUUUCCAUGGGCAUCCUUACUUACCCACUACUAUUCAUCUCCAUCAUUUGCCCCUUUUCAUUUCCAUCAUUUCAUUUUCCUUUUCAUUUCCCUCUCUUUCAUCUCCAUCAUUUGUUUUCAUUUCCCCUUUUGAUUGUUCAUUUUCCUUGGGCAUCCUUACUUGCCCACUAUUCCUCUCUUUCAUCUCCAUCAUUUGCCCCUUUUCAUUUCCCACACUUUGCUUUUUCAUUUUCCUUGGGCAUCCUUACUUACCCGCUACUAUUCCUCUCUUUCAUCUCCAUCAUUUGCCCCUUUUCAUUUCCCACACUUUGCUUGUUCAUUUUCCAUGAGCAUCCUUACUUACCCACUACUAUUCCUCUUUAUCAUCUCCAUCAUUUGCCCCUUUUCAUUUCCCACACUUUGCUUGUUCAUUUUCCAUGGGCAUCCUUACUUACCCACUACUAUUCCUCUCUUUCAUCUCCAUCAUUUGCCCCUUUUCAUUUCCCACACUUUGCUUGUUCAUUUUCCUUGGGCAUCCUUACUUAA